AUGUGUCAAGGCCGUAUAAUCUCCUACUACUGCCCCUACGCCCUCCGUGGCAACCCCAACUGCCCCUGUUCCCGCAUGGCCUCCCGCAGUGGACGCAACAUCCCCGCCUGGAUGUGCUACUUCGACCAGGCCACCGCCCAAUGUUGCGGUUGGCAUUCUAGGUCUCUCGGCUGCGGCGACUGUCCUUAUAACACGUACGGCCGACGUGGCGAUCGCUGCUCGGUGUAUGUGCAUAUGGGCAAGAACUUGUGCUCGGCUUGUAAGAGUGGCAGCAGGGCUGAGGAGGGAAGGAUAAUGCGGGAGAUGGAGAAUUUGAGGGAGGAGGGCCAAUUUGGGGCGGCGGAGGAUGUGGAUGUUUUGGCGAGCGAGUUUGAGAGGAUGGGGUUUUAG